AUGCAGUUGCCAAAUUGGGACGCCCUUGUUCUCAGUCCGGAUACUGUUCACCUCCAACGACCUGCCAGAUUCCAGGCGAACAGCGUAUACGGCGAGACCUACUUCUCCGCCGACCUGUCAGCAGAGGAAAAUGAGGCAGACUCAUAUUUCGACUGGAAUGCGUACGAGUCGACGACGACGACGGGGCAAACCGAAACAACAACACAACAGCAGCAGCAGCAGCGGCAGCAGCAGCAACCCGGCGACAUCUUGUCUACUUCCGCGUCACCGGCCCUUGCGGCCAAGACGCCGCGUCCUCACCACAAUCUCCGAAGGUUGCGCAGCGACCACGGCGGUGCUUCCUCUCGAAUACAUCCCCACAACUCACUACCAGAGCACAAUGACGAGCCGGUCAACGAGGCGUCUGAGGCAGGAGCGGGCCAAAAACGGAGGCGAGAAGACGAUGAUGGAGGCGCAGACCAUGUCAAACGCGUGUACCGAGAGCCCCAGGUAGAGGUUGCCGUGCAGGCGGAGAUACCUGGCACGACCCACCCGGCGCCCUGCGCUGACGUCCUCCCACCGCAACCUGUUCCAAACGCGGGACCUUCGCAGGAAUCUGCACCUCCGUCAGGGCAACCUCCGGAGAUGUCGUGCACGCUUCCUCAAGGAGGGUCGGACCGGACGUCUGCGGGUUCGGUGGAUCCGCCGAGGACGUCUGGGUCCACGUCAAAGUGGUGCAUGGCAUGA